AUCAGUGUCCCUUUCCCAUUUGGCCUAGAGGACGGUUGUUCUGCAAGGAUGUCAUUUCAGCUCAAUUGUACAAAUUCAUCUUUGUCUACCCUCCAGUUUCUUAACAUGAACGGCGAUACAGGAGAGAUCACUUAUGUAAAGUCUAUAAAUAUCAUGAAGGGGCUAGUGAAUGUUAAAUACAGCUUAUACCAAGAAGAGUACCUUUCGGUGAGUGUACCUCAAGAUCCAGACCACUAUGUUGCCUCCGCAGGUGUAGUACCACAACAGUGGGCCGUAGCCAAUUUAACAUGCCCCGAGGCACAGGCGAAUAAGACCGGAUAUGCAUGUGUCAGCAUGAAUAGCGAAUGCUUGGCUGUCAACUCCGAACGAUACUAUUAUGGUUACCGUUGCACAUGUAUGGACGGUUUUGAUGGGAAUCCAUAUAUCUCCGAUGGGUGCAAAGAUGUUGACGAGUGCAACACACCAGGUAUCGCCAUUGGCAUUGGCGUUGGUUUUGGAAUUAUACUUCUCAUGUCAAUUGUAAUAUUACUCAUCCGUAGAUGGAAAAAAGACAUCAAGAAGAAACUGCGAAGAAAGCAUUUUCGGCAGAACCAAGGUCUACUCCUCGAGCAAUUGAUAUCAUCAGAUGAAAAUGCAAGUGACAACACUAAGAUUUUCUCACUAUCAGAGUUAGAAAAGGCAACAAAUGAUUUUGAUCCCACGCGUAUCGUUGGUCGUGGAGGGCAUGGCAUGGUUUAUAAAGGCAUCUUAUCCGAUCAACGGGUAGUGGCCAUAAAGAAGUCUAAAGUCAUUGAGCAAGUUGAGAUAAGCCAGUUUAUCAAUGAGGUUGCAGUCCUUUCCCAAGUAAAUCACCGGAAUAUUGUGAAGCUCUUGGGUUGUUGUCUUGAGACCGAAGUCCCACUGCUAGUGUAUGACUUCAUCCCUAAUGGUUCGUUAUUUGGAAUCCUUCAUGCAAGUACCACUAGCAGCUCUAUCUUCUCCUGGGAUGAUUGUUUGAAAAUUGCUGCGGAAGCUGCUGGAGCACUGUAUUACCUCCACUCAGCUGCUUCGGUAUCGAUAUUUCAUCGUGAUGUGAAGUCCACUAACAUACUCUUAGAUGGAAAUUACACUGCAAAAGUAUCAGAUUUUGGUGCUUCAAGUACUUGUAGAGUUGCUGCUCAGAAAGAAGCCUAUUUUUACAAGUGACUCUGGGCUAGCGCAAAACUUGUC